UAAUUUUGUGAUGUGCGGCUAUCUUGGUCAAUCGAGGACGCUAGAUUGUUUCAGAGAUUCAGGAACAGAAGGGCGUGUUCAUCUCCGUUUCUCUCAGCUCCUACAUUUUCGAAGACCCGUUUCCUUCGUGCAGAGAUGUCAGAACCACCUUUCAGACCACGAGAGAAGCUUGUUGAGAAGCAAAAGUAUUUCCAGAAUAUCCAUAAACAUACGUACUUGAAGGGACCAUAUGAUAAGAUUACAUCUGUUGCAAUACCAAUUGCUUUGGCAGCAACUUCAUUGUACAUGAUCGGACGAGGGAUCUAUAACAUGUCACAUGGGAUAGGAAAGAAAGAAUGAUUUUGCAGGUUCUGAUGGAGGAAGUGGCUGUUUUGUGGCACAAACCUCAAAGCUUCCUCAACUUGUACCAUUUUCUUUGCUUUUAUGCUUGCUACCUUAUUAGUUUGCAUAUCACCAACGGAAAUUUAGAACCUGAAUGAAAAUAAUUAGUUUGUUUGAUUUGAUGUAUCAGAUUGGUGACUUUAACCGCAUGUUUCUGUUUUAAUGCUUUGGUAGCACCAGAAAGUUCAAUUUAUGUUUCUCCGUGUUUGGUUUGUAUAACAUCUUGUUAUAAGCUUUA